AUGUAUUACUACAACGAGAAUCCAUCGCUGGCGCCCAAUGGGCCCAGGUCAUACCAAGAGAAUGGAGGGGGCCGAAACAACCGCAACGGCAACGCAAGUUUCGUGCCCAAAGGAACCAGACAACAUCAGGGCAAUGGAGGUGGUCGAAAUAACCGUGCCAACAACAAUUAUCACGCCAAUGGCAAUGGCAAUGGCAAUGGCAACAACCAAUGGAGCCCUCGCAAUGGUAAUGGGAAUGGCAAUCGCAAUCACAACAACCAGUGGGACAAUCAUCAAAAUGACAUUGGCAAUGUGAGCCCUACCGACCAUGGCAUGGGCAAUGCGAACCACAACGGCAAUCCCAAUUACAGGGGCCAGAACUUCAACCCCAACUACAAGGGGAAGAACUACAACCCGAACUUCUCUCGUCCUGUACCGGCCAAUACUAGUCAGGCUCGAAAUGGCAAUUGGAGACGUCAGUCCAACAAAAACCACAACAAUCACCAGAACCAGAACAAGUACAGCCAGCCUGUGUCUGCCAAUAGCGACGUUCAGAUGGCGGAGGCACCAACCGAUGAGCCCAAUGACAUCGAGAUGCCAGACGCACCACCUCUCCCCGAUCCAAGGAUCGAAGCCUUCACCAUGGGUGCUCUUGCAGUCAAAGAAAUUGCCGAGACCAUGCUCAAGCUAGCUAGUGAAUUGGACCCUAGCUACGUCCCCAGCUGA